AUGUCGCCUCUCCAGGCCUCAUUCAGUAUGGCCACCACCGCAGUUGCCAGUCAGGGCACUGCCUACCCAUCCGUUGAGGAGUUCAAGUCUUUCAAGCUCCCUCCCACGCCUAAGACAUCUGAGCCGAUGUCAGAUGAUAUCUCUGCUCUCUCUGAUGAGUCUACGCAAAAGCACAAGGCUGAUGCUCGCCCUGCGACGCCUACUCCCCCUUCGCCCGUUUCGACUGAGUCUUCUGAUCACGAGAUUGCGGAUGACACUCCCACCACUAUCCAGGGCAAGUCUAUGAUCGAGCCCCAACGCCCUCUUUCAGUACAGAGACCCUCAGCCACUGUCCCUGCGACUCCGCGCUGGCCCUUUCAAGAUGCGACUCCCCGCGCCUCUGUCAUGGCUCCCAUCACCCAUAGCUACACCCAGUCCAGCCUGAGAGGCUCCAGGAGCAGCCCUCCCGGCCAGGUCAGCAUCUCCGAGUCUCUCGAUGAGUUUCAACUCAACCACCCCAACGCGCGUCGCCUCGCGCUCCACCCGGCCGGCCUGGCUUACACCAACACCACUCGCAACCUCGCGAAUGUGCCCGAGUUCGUCGAUCGGCCUUUUCGCCCGGCCCAGCCCGAGACCACAAUUCCAAUGGUCUACAAGGAGAAGCGUUCAAACUUCUUCCAUGGCCGUCGAUGGAGCGGUCAUCUCCUCAAGUUCAACUUUCAUCGACGCCACGAGAAGCGCAACAGUGCCGUCAAGCCUAGAACUUACUGGUACCAGCGCAUCGCCAUCCAGCGGGACCUAUGGAUUCUCUGGUGUCUCGUCGCCGUUUUUUGCGUCAUCAACGCACUUAUUUCGGUCUCAGCCCUCGUCGCAUUGAAAGUCGCUCAUAUCAAAGCCCCGUCUGCCCUUAUCGUCUGGGUCAUUGUCAGCGUGUGCACUAGCAUUUACACUUGCACGCUCAUCUUCUUCAUGCACCGCUUCCGUCGCGCUAUUGCACGUGAUGAGGAGAACCGAGGCCGCUCAACUCGUACCAAGAUCUGUGGCCAGAGUGAGAUGCGAUUCCCGGCUAGCCCCCGCGAAGUCGCCCACCGCCGCAGACUCGCUGCUGCAGCCCGCGCACAGGAUCAACAGACCGCUCAGCAGUCGGUGACGAUGACCUCCGCCAACCAAGGUCCCAAGCUCGACGCAGGUGAUGAGGUCGACAGCACGGCUCACCCCGAUAACUUCUCUGCCACUGAGAGCAACAUCAUGGCCACCAUUCCCCGUCAGGGCUCCGACGAGCAGAUCCAGAACUACUGGACCGACGUCUCCCUGGUCCCCACCACUGGAUCCGCAGCCAGCUCUGUCACGGCUGUCAUUCCUUCGGCGCCUGCCGGCCCGACCAACUCCCCGCGAUCGAUCCGCUAG